AUGGCUCUAGUCCUCUUGUUCAUCCUUGGGACGAUCCGAGCGCUGUAUAGCAGCAGUCCGGUAGUAGCAGCGAGUUCUUCUCAAGUUCGUGCUACCAGGAGGCCUCUCUCCGCCGAGCAGCAGCAGCAGCAACAGCCAGAGAUCUUUAGCUUCGAUCCAGGCUCGCUGGAUCCGAUCGAGCAGUCCAAGCCGAGGAUGGAAGCGCUGAUGAACAGGACAAUGAGCUUGGGUCCGAAGAUCAGCGACUGGGACUCGCGGAGGAGCUCACGGAGGAGGAAGAUCAAGCAGUGUGAGAAGAGGAUGAUGUUGGUGACGAGCUCGCAUCCAAAGCCGUGUGAGAAUCCUUUGGGCGAUCACAUCAUGCUCAAGUCCGCCAAGAACAAGAUGGACUACUGCCGGCUCCACGGCAUAGACAUGUUCUACAACGUUGCAAAGCUCGAGCGUUCCCUGCCGGGAUUCUGGAUCAAAAUCCCGCUCUUGAGGGCGGUGAUGCUUUCCCAUCCGGAAUUCGAGUGGAUCCUGUGGAUGGACGGCGAUGCGCUCUUCACGGACAUGACUUUCCGGAUUCCGAUCCGGAAGUACGAGGGCUACAACCUGGUGAUGAACGGCUGGGAUCACCUCGUGUACGGCAACCGCAGCUGGACGGGCCUCAACAUGGGCAUCUUUCUGAUCCGGAAUUGCCAGUGGUCGCUCGAUCUGCUGGACAUUCUGGCACAGAUGGGAUCCGACGGUCCCGGCAGUGUCGGAAUUGGGAAGAUCCUCCACGUGACGCUCUUUGGCCGUCCAGAUCUGGAAUCCGACGACCAGGGCGCGCUGCUGUGGCUGAUGAACGCCCAGAGGGAGAGAUGGGGCGCGAAGAUUUUUCUCGAGCACUCGUACGCAUUGAGUGGGUUUUGGGUGCCUCUGGUGAGGGAGUUGGAAGACAAGAUGCGAAGAUUUGAGCCUGGGCUGGGCGACGAUCGGUGGCCAUUUGUGACGCAUUUUGCUGGGUGUGAGUUUUGUGAGGGAUGGGCAAAUUACUCGCCACAAGAUUGCCGCAGGCAAAUGGAGAGGGCUUUUAAUUUUGGAGACAACCAGGUGUUGGAGAUGUAUGGGUUUAGACAUCCUAGCUUGAAUGUGGCAGACGUUGAUCGAACGUAAGCAAAUUCAGGGUUUGCA